AUGCUUUCGCAGCACGAGCGAUUCCAGCGCCGAAACGUGCGCAGGACCUUGGCGAGAGCGCGAUUUGCAACAGUAGACACACAAAUCUUGUUCUUUGCCCUUCAAAAAGCGAGGCCGAGAAGCCACCCAUAUGUCACUAGUGUUGGCACACACAGCUACUUGUUAUUGAAUUCCAGCUGUAGUGGCGCAGCUGGGGAAUGCUUGCAGUUGCUGUCUAGUGGGUCUAGUGCCCGGCUGGAGGAACUCGGCACAGAAGCAGAACUCUCCAAGUACUUUGCCCACGGCUACCUGCAGGGUGAGGUCUUCAGCAGCAGCCAGUACCGCCGUGCGCAUCUUGACCAGAUUGGGACUUGGGAGUAUGAUGCCCCGGAUGGCCCAGUGCAGAUCUGGUGCCAUGCGUUCGACUUGCGCAGCUGGGGCCAGCGCCCUGACGACGUCAUCGUGCUCUACCACUAUACUAACCAACUAUGCUUCCAAAAUGUCGGGGACCUGCAUCAGACUGAGUCUCAACUCUUUGCUUCUCUGACAGACAGCCGUGCGCACUUUGGGAAGGGGGUGUACGCCUCGCAGCACGAGCCAGCAGUUUGGGGCUCACGACUGAGCAUCCUCAUGAACAACUACAGCAAUCAGAAUCCACUGGGCUACGACGACGAAGACCUGGAGCCUCAACGAGUGGUGCGGGAGUGGGGCGAUGCAAACCCACAAGGGCACCGCGCUGCCUUCUGCAUACCCCUGAUUGUGCCCAAGGACAUUGCCUACAACAUCUUUCAGCGCCACACGCCGGACAUGGCAAUGAAGCAGAUCCAGGAUCCACGCGGCUUCGAUCGCCAUGCUGCGUUAGGCGAAGAUUACAAAGGGCGAGCAGUGCACCACAACCGGGACGUUUGGGUCAUCCAGAUUGCUGAUUGCAAUGGGAGGCUGCAGCAUGCCACCGCCCAAAGUGAUGCCUUCUUGGAAUUCCUGCAGAUGCGCUUGGAGAAAUUGAAGCGUCGGCUUGGCAGCAAUCACGAGGAAACGCUCGAUUGCACCUUUGAUCUGGCGCGGCAGCUCAUGUUCCGUGGAAGAAACCCAGAAGCCGAAGAGCUCUACCGAGAGUGCUUACGUGGCUAUCAUCAUCUUCGGCACCCCUACAUUCACAUCACCAUGCUCAAUCUCGCAAUAGUUCUUCAAGCACAAGGCAUGGUCGACGAGGCAGAGACGCUGCUGCGAGAGGGCUUGGACAUCGGCCGUGCUAUCUGGGGUGAAGAUGGUGUCAACACCUUGAUCAACAUAGGCGGUCUCGCAACCGUGUUGCUCUCGCGUGGCCAGCUCGAAGAGGCAGAGUCACUGUUUCGUGAGAGACUGGCGAAGAGUCGUGCAACUCUGGGUGAUUCCCACCUGGAAACUGUAUGGAGCAGCCUACAACUUGGAACGCUCUGUGCGGACCGGGGGAAAUUCAAGGAGGCAGAGCAGCUGCUGAACGAGGGCUUAGACAAACGUCGUGUCCUGCUUGGCGAGCAUCAUCCAGACACUUUGAGUAUCAUCUUCGGUAUCGCAGAUCUGAAAAGAAUGCAGGGCCAGUAUGCGGAGUCAGAGCCUCUAUAUCGAGACAGCUUGGCCAAGCUCCAAGCCAAAGUGGGUGAGUCACAUCCAAUGGCCGGAACCAACAUGAUUAACCUGGCUAUCGUUUUACGACAGCUGGGCAAAGAGGAGGAGGCCGAGAUGAUGUAUCGCAAGGCCCUCGUUCAUUGUCGCACGAACAUGGGCGAGUGCGGGGUGAACACCCUCACCUGCAUGCACAACCUGGCUUCACUUCUGGCAAGCCGGGGCCAAGUUGAGGAAGCGGUGGCAUUAGAGGCCGAGUGCCUGGCAAAGCGAACUGAGAGAUCGGGGCUGAGAUCGGACAGUUCUGGGCGACUCACACCGCCACACCAUGUUCAGCAUGAACGCCCUGGGAAUGCUGCACAAGAGCCAGGGCCAGCUGGAGAAGGCAGAGCUGCUGUUGCGCGAGGCUGCGGAGAAGCGCCAGGCCAACUUGGGCGGAAGCUGACCGAAGCGGAGCAGCUGAUUCGCCAGGCGUUGGAUACAUGCCGGACGGUGCUGGGCGACGUGCACCCGGACACCUUCACCAGCACAUCCCAUCUUGUGGGUGUAUUGCAGAGUCAAGGCAAGCUCCAGGAAGCUCAAGACUUGGAGCGUGAGAUGAUCGACAGAUGCCGGAACCAGAUGGGCGAGAUGGGCCCGACUCAGCUCAGCAUUCUGAGCAACAUUGCGAUGCGGUGGUAUACGAACGGAAUGUUGGAGGAGGCAGAGCCACUAACACGAGAGGUUCUGGAGAGCCGUCGAGCCAUCCAAGGCGCUGCGAACCCCAACACGCUGAUCAGCCUCAACAAUCUCGCAGAGUUACUUCGCGUAAAGGGCGAGUUGCUGGAGUCCGAGCGGCUGUACUUCGAGCUGAUGGAGACGUGCCAGACAGCUCUGGGCGAGUCGCACUGGCUCACCCACCGGAGCUGGAACAACUUCGCAAGGCUCCGCCGGGACCAAGGUCAAGUGCAGGAGUCAGAGGCCUACUUCCGCCGCGCUCUUGCAAAACGCCAGGCCCUCCUGGGCGAGUCUCACGCCGACACCCUCGUCACGAUGCGCGAGCUCGCCAAGCUCCUCAGUGCCCAGAGUCGACUCUCAGAAGCCGAGGCGAUGCUGCGAGAGGCCUUGCGUUGCCAGGUCUCGCUGGGUGAGAGCCAUCCUGAUGUGCUGAAAGACCGGGAAAGCCUGGCGGCGGUCUUGGAGAAGCAGCGGAACCUGGAGAAAUCCCGAGAGCCAGAGCCCGGUAGCUGGUGGCGCCGGCCGUGGAGGCAGCGCGCGCUCGCGGGCGCCUGA